GCGCGGUGGGUGGGCUGCCCUGCUCCCUCCCACGCUUAGCUCUCGGCCUCUGCCGUCAGACCCCCAGAGGUGGGAAGAGUUAUCACUUUCUGGAUUUCUCUUCUACUGCAUUGGGCCCUGCGUUAACGCUCCCUUGUGCUGCGGCCAGUGAGGCUGCGAUUGUUCCAGCGCCCCGGUGCGAGGAGAGCAGCUCCUGCUCUCUGCGGACCUGGCAGGAGGGUGCGGGCGGACGCUCCAGGCAGAGUCUCCGCGCGUCUUUCCUCCUCCUGGUUCUCCCCGCAACCCCAUCCGCAUCCCCCGCCCCCUCCUUGCUCUGCGCUUUCUCUCGGGUUGCGGGCAGACCGCUCCAUACAGCUGCAGCGCCCGAGUCUGGACAGCCUGCGGGAGGCACACACGCCCACACCCACUCCGCCUGGCCGCAUCCUUGCCCAGCAUGUCUGCGCUUGAGUGGUACGCCCACAAGUCCCUGGGCGACGGCGUCUUCUGGAUUCAAGAACGCUUCUAUGAGUCUGGCAACCGCGCCAACAUCUGGCUGGUGCGCGGCUCCGAGCAGGACGUGGUGAUCGACACAGGCCUGGGGCUGCGUAGCCUCCCGGAGUACCUGUACUCCUCCGGCCUGUUGCAGGACCACAGGGCCAAAGAGGAUGCGGCGUGCCGGCCACUUCUGGCUGUGGCCACCCACGUGCACUUCGACCACUCCGGCGGCCUCUACCAGUUCGACCGGGUGGCGGUGCACCACGCCGAGGCCGAGGCGCUGGCUCGCGGGGACAACUUUGAGACCGUGACCUGGCUCUCCGACAGUGAGGUGGUGCGGGCGCCGAGCCCGGGCUGGAGGGCCAGGCAGUUCCGAGUGCAAGCGGUGCAGCCCACCCUCAUCCUGCAGGAUGGGGAUGUGAUCAACCUUGGUGACAGACAGCUCACUGUUAUGCACAUGCCUGGUCAUUCUAGGGGCAGUAUUUGCUUACAUGACAAAGACCGAAAGAUUCUCUUCAGUGGAGACGUCGUGUAUGAUGGAUCACUGAUUGACUGGCUCCCAUACAGCAGGAUAAGUGACUAUGUUGGAACCUGUGAACGUCUGAUAGAAUUAGUGGACAGAGGUCUGGUAGAGAAGGUGCUUCCUGGGCACUUCAAUACCUUUGGUGCUGAAAGGCUUUUUCGAUUGGCUUCUAACUAUAUUUCAAAAGCUGGGAUAUGUCACAAAGUUUCUACUUUUGCCAUGCGAUCUCUUGCAAGUUUAGCCCUACGUGUAACAAAUUCUAGGACCUCGCCCUAGUAUUUAAUUCUAUAAAUUAAUACAAUUAAUUCUGUGUUGUUUAAAAUAGUGAGCAUUUUAAGAAGUGCUUUUUUACUACUAUUAUGUAUUAGAGAAAAAAAGGUUGAGAAUGAAUAAGCCAAAAACGGAACUUCUUAAAUUUUUUUCUUUUUUCCAAAUAAGAAACCACUUAAAUAAGAUUAUAAUUUGCCAAAGCUUGUAAUUUGCCAUCAUUCUGUAAUAUUUGUUCUAGAAAUGAUAUAGAGGUAUAUGGGGAAGCAAGGAGGCAUUUUGCAGUAACAGAAGAACUAUCCUUGCGUCUCAUUUCUCUCAUUUUAUUUCCUAGAUGACCUAGAAAAAAGAGCAUAAAGAGUUUUAUGUUUAUACUCCGAACUUGAUAUUUUUAAUAUAUUAUUUGAAGAUAAAGGUUUUGGGGUUUAAAGUACAUUAGAACUCAAAACUUAAACUAACAUUUAGAAUGACAGCUAAAACAAUCAGUUGUUAU